UUUCCUCCCCCUUUCCUUUCUUCUUUCCUUACCCUUUCUCUCUCCCCCUUUCAAAACUCGUCUUUCCUUCGCUCCUUUCUCCUCCCCCACUUCGACCUCCCCUACGCCGCCUUCUUCUACGCCGGCCUUGCCUACAGCGUUCUCUACAUCUCAAGACGUAUAACGCUGAUGGGAAAGUAUAUGAGGAAGGCGAAGAUCUCUGGCGAGGUCGCCGUCAUGGAGCUCUCCCAUGGCGUACGCACUCGCGCCCGGACCCUCGCAGCCGCCGCCGCCUCCUGUGCCUAUCUCGAGCUCCGAAGCCGCCGCCUUGAGAAACCCCUUCCCCUGCCUCCGGCCUGCAAGGCCUUCCCCGAGCCCAGUCCUAGCCCCGGCCUGAGAGCAAGUUCGGGAUCUGCGGGGUCCUUCUCAACGAGGCGAUGCUCACUGGACAACGAGGCUCCGCCGGAUGCGCAGGCGUCGUUCGGGGAGAAUAUUCUCGAGGUCGAAGCAACGGACAGGAACAAGAGGGAAACAACGCCUUGCAGUCUGAUCAGAAAUCCAGAAGAAAUACAGACUCCAGGUUCGACAAAUAGACCAACCAGAUCUAGAGCCACUAACCGAAGAAUUCAAACCUUCCGUCAGAACUUGCCUAAUGCUCAUGAAAUGGAAGAGUUCUUCUCUAGGGAAGAACAACUCCAGCAACGAAUAUUUAUCGAAAGGUACAACUUCGAUCCCGCUAAUGACCACCCACUUCCUGGUAGGUAUGAAUGGGUGAAAAUUGACUUCUAGAUGGCAAUCAUGACUUCAAACUUUGGAAGAUAUCUCCAUAUUUUAAUGCUGUGUAACAUAUAGAGAUGACGAGCCGUACGUUCAAAAAGGUGUAGUUGAAAAAAUUAAACUCACGCUUAACUUGUUUAACAAGAAAUUUAGCGAUCAUCAUAGGGUUCAAUCAUCUGUGAAUUUGUCGCAUAGAAAAUACUCGGUGCUGGGUUUAGUGAUACUUACUGUAUGUGUUAGUCACUUGUCCGAUCGAUCGUAUUCAUCAAGGAUUUGCAUAUUGCGCUGAAAUGAGUGAAGGAAAGAACAGCUUCAGCUUAUUAUUCAUUUUUCAGUCAGUAUUUAACUGUUUAUACUAAGCGACUGUUUAAGGACCAUGAAAAGAAAAUUUGUUUUGUCGGGGUUUUACUGGAUGGAAUGCUUUGGUCGCAUCGUUAGACACACUAAACUUUGCUAUAACCCUUUGUAUUUAGCUUGAUUCUGUUAGUUUAGUGAUACUGUUAUGUGUUAGUGAAGGACCUCAAGAAACAGAUCAUGGAAUUUACUUUCUUCGGACCCAAUGAUUGCCUGAAACUGGCAGCAUUGAACUUCUAUGGAUUUUAUUCAUCAAGGAUUUGCAUGUUAUAACGUUUUUAUUUAGCUCGAUUAUUAUCGACUUUCUAUGGAUUUUUUUUUUUUUUGCUUUCUUUGUAAGGAACAGUUACCUAUAUGAGUCUACAUAUGUCAUUAGCUCGAUCCUGAUCCUCUAUUAUGUUUUUAUUUAUAUUUACAUAAAAUUUAUUAUAUUUUAUCAUUGUUAAUUAAAAUAUUAUCUAAUUAAGACAUUUAUUGGAUGUCUUAAUACUUGUUUAUACCAAUUUUGACUUUUUAAAAAUAUUUUUAUUUUAUCCAUUUUCAUACGUUCUUAUAUAAUCUUUGUAAUUUUUAUUUUUUUGUUCGAGUGCUUGCUUCAGUCUCACAUUCCAUAUAAUAUAACAUUGUUUCUGUUGUAAUUUAUUUGGUAUUCAUACCAUUAAAAUAUAGAGAGAAUGCUUAGGGUUUGAGAAGCGCAACUCUAGUGAUAGGUUUGCUUGUGAUCGGAGAGGUGAGGCCGGUGCCCCUUCUACGGGAGAGGAAUGAUCGGGCAGCCGCUGAUAUUAGACUUCCAUGAAUGGAGCAGAAGGGAGGGACUCAAUAUUUUUAGUCACUAAAUACUGGUGGUGUUGGUGGCGCUCCAUCAGCUUUCGACCACCGGGGAGAAUGAUGAGCCGAGAGA